AUGGCUCACAGCUUUGGUCAACUAAACCAUGCAUUUUCUGUGUGUGUCUUUUCUCUCUUGUACAGGUACGGAGACAUGGUGCCAAAAACCAUCGCUGGGAAGAUCUUCGGCUCCAUCUGCUCCCUGAGCGGCGUACUAGUAAUCGCCCUGCCCGUCCCCGUCAUCGUCUCCAACUUCAGCCGCAUCUACCACCAGAACCAGAGAGCGGACAAACGCCGCGCUCAGAAGAAAACCAGACUGACCAGGAUAAGAAUAGCCAAGUCCAGCAGUGCCAACGCCUUCAUCCAGAGGAAACGCAACGGAAUGCUCAACGAGCUGCUGGAGCUGACGGGUACAGAGGAAGAUGAGCAGAAGCUGAUCAAGUCCAUGUCUUUGUUAGAGAGUCAACACCACCACCUACUGCACUGUCUGGAGAAGACCACUGCUCACGAGUUUGUCGACGAGCUCAUGUACGAGCAGAACUUUUUAGAGUCAGCGCUGCAGACGUAUUCACCACGCAGCCCGUCCACAUCCAGCCACGACAGCUCAGUGGCUUCCUGCUGUGGCUGCAGGGCCAAGAAAAACACUCCUCUGCCCAGUGUCGGCUCCAGCCAUCCUAUAACGACACAGCAGGGGCCCCUCCAGGAGCUCAGUGCUAUGCACAUACAAUGUGGUGAACUGUCGUCGCACACUGCCAGUCGUUCGAACCUCAACCUGAAAACCGACGACAGUGGCAGGAUCAACUGCAAAAGCGGCCGGAUCACCACGGCGAUCAUUAGCCUCCCGACACCACCAGCUCUGACUCCUGACGGUGACGGACUCCACGGGCCCCCACAGAGGAGGCUGCCCCCACCAGGUCACCCUGUGGCCCCGCGCAUCCACACCAUCCAGACAGCAACCAGCUCAGCUGGCGCCAACGUUGUGAAAAUCUCUGCUCUGUGACUGUAAGGAAGGAAAAAAAGAGGAAGAAAGUGUCACUACAGCGUUGGACGUAUCGUGUCCGACCUCACGGGUCAAGCAGGAAUGGCACUGUGAGUCGUUCGUUGAUGUUUAAGAGAUGACAGAUGGGGUCUGACGGCACAGGAUUGUAAAUACGUGCACCGAGCAUCGCGCACUCGUCCUGUCGUGUGUGUGUGUGUGUGUGUACUGUAGAUACAGGCGGAAACCGCUGCAUUUCUAAUAAACAGAUGAUUCACAGGGAGUCCUGUGAGAAAGACUGGGAGACAUCGCUCGGUCAGCAUGUCCAUUCAUGUCGAUAAACCCCAAAAUCACCGUGAAUGUCAAGUGAAUUCAUCAUGAAAUAGUGAAAAGGGGUGUUUUUGUUGACUUUAACUGUGCUUUAAGUGAGACGAAGAAUAAUAGACGGCGUUUACUUGAAUUUGACUGGGUCCUGUUUGUGUUCUGUGUUUUCCGUCUUAACCAUUUCAAGCGAAAAAAAGAACUUGAAACCACAUCAGUGAGUUUUUCCGAGAAUGAAAAAUGUUCGGUUUAUUUUUGUUGGAAAAUCACACAUCACAAAGACAGAAAACAAUCCCGUCAUGUUUCUCAUCAUGCUUGAUUUCUGACUGGAGCUAAAUUACAGGGAGGGUUUACAGGUUUUCAAACUGAUAUGAAAAAAGAACAAUUGUUCUUAUCCCGAAACAAACACAGGAGAGGAUAAGGUUUGACAUUGUGUUCCUGCCGUCAACAAAUCACAUGAUAAGAUUUAAGUCUGCUGACCUCUGCCUCCUCUCCAUCCUCCACACCUGCAGGCAAAACUUUGGCAACAGAGCUUUCAGCGGUUCCUGUUUCACCAGGAACCAACUCUGGAGUCGUUUAAAUCAAUGUUGACAUUUGUUUUUGUCUUGUUUUUCUAUCUAUUGUUCCUGGUACAGUGACCUUGGUAUUUCGUGAAAGGCGCUUUAGAAAUCAAAGUUGCUAUUAUUUAAAAUUAUUUUAUUAUUUUAAAAUAAAAUCCUUACACUUUGAUGCUUUCUGUUCCACCAUGAUUGUAACGGAAAAGACUGAGUGUACAGUGGCUGCAUGAGGUGGCAUUUUAAACCAAAUGUAUACUUUUCUUUAAAAAAAAAAAAAGAAACCUUUUUUUGUACAGUUUCAAACAGCUACAUGACAUUUAUGUGAUAUUUGUAAUGAAUUUGAAAAAAGGGCGCCCAAGAGUAAAUGAGCUAAACAAAACAAGUUCAGCCACAAACCAUAGACGUCGCAUCACAUUUAGUUAUAACUUGUGAUCCACUGUCAUUAAUAUUGAGGAUACUGAGCUUCAUUUACAUAAACUGCACAAUCGCCAGAUGUGAUUAAAAGUGGCUCGUGAUAUGGGAUGAUUUUUCUGUCAUGGAUUGAUCUCAGCGAUGGUCACGUGAUGGCAGCACAGAGCCCUGGUCUGGUUUAUGGCCUUACUCCUGUGUGAAGAUGUUAUUUUAUGUUUGCUACAGUGUCGCUCACUAACAAACACCUGGAAUCCUUCGUGACGUCUCGUGUGCUAUGGCUCAUCUUCAAAUAAAGUGUUUGUUUUUUCUUUGCUUAAAAAGAAGAAGAAGAAAAAAAAAGAUUUACAUCCACAUGUUACAGUUGUUUGUUGCUGUAUCGGUGAACCUUUCUGUAUUCUGUUAUGUUUUGAAAACCAAGGUGAAAGUAUCCUCUGUGAGAAGUUCUCGUACUUUCUUUGCUGCUAUUUUUUUUUCCAAAAAAGAGUACAAGCCUUUAGGAUAUUUUUUCUUCUCACUGUUUGUGCUGAGAAUGACGGCGACCUGCUUCCUCGUGUGUUCAUGUUCAUGCUCAGAUUGUUCAUCGUUGUCACGCUUCAGCUGUAUUUUCAGAGAAAACUCUUUUUUCUUACGUCUGUAUGACUUACUGUACGAUGGCUUCUUGUGAUGAAAUGGACUUCAGAUGGCGCUGUUUGGCUCUCUUUCUUUGAGAAAAAAAAAGAGUCUUGUUGUUGGCAUAUUUUUAUCCUUUUAAAAAAGCGUUUGUGUUUUUUUGUUUGUUUGCUGUGUUUACAGUACAAUGUCAGUUUGUUUGUUACAACUAUGACUAGUGAGAUGAAAAUUAAAACCUGCUGCAGAAAAACAAGCGUGGUUGUUUUCGCUCCUGAGAAACAUCUCAGUGAAAUCUUUGCUUUUAAUUCGCUUGCCCUUGUCAGAUUUAAAACUUGAAAUACUUUCAUUUUCAA